AUGGUUCGCGGCGCAGAAUACGACAACGGUGUCCCCCAGAGCGACAACCCAAUUGAGAACGGUCCCACCAAGGCUCACGGUGUUGGUAACGACUCCGGCGACCUCAGCCGCGCCCACAAGGCUGCCCCCAUGCCCGAAGAGACCGGCUCCGGCCGUGACGUCUUCCCCAGCCAGCCCAGCGGCGGCUACGAAAACACUCCUGGCUCUGGAAAGGGUGGUCAUGACCCCAAGACUCUUGGUGACAAGAAGGGCCUCGGUGCUCAGCCUGGUCAAUAA